AUGGAGGAGGAUCCAGCAGUAGCUGGGAAAAUCAAGGAGGAUCAACACAAACAAGCACUGGAGAAACGUUCUUUACCACAUUCAUCUUUCACAAGUCAAGGCUCUUAUUCAAAGCCUGGUUUGUUUGGACAAUCUCAGGGAUCUUGGAAUUAUCAAAAAGGUCCUCAACAAACAUCGAAUAAUAAUCAAGCUCAAAAUCAGGGAUCACAACAAACACAAAGUCAAAGCGGCUCUGGUUUUCAAUAUCAAAAUUCAGGUUCAUACAAUCCAUCUUUUCCGGGUAUUCCAAGCUCGUCAUGGCAAUACGGGGGGUCUUACAAUAAGGGACCAAAUAAUCAACAACCUCAAGCACAAUCGAGUGGAAGUCAAACACCUCAAGGACCUCCGCAAGGAGGAUCUGGCUUUCAGUAUCAGAAUUCAGGAUCUUACAAUCCAUCUUUCCCGGGUAUUCCAAGCUCGUCAUGGCAAUACGGGGGGUCUUACAAUAAGGGACCAAAUAAUCAACAACCUCAAGGACAAGCGAGUGGAAGUCAAACACCUCAAGGACCUCCGCAAGGAGGAUCAGGCUUUCAAUAUCAAAGUUCAGGUUCAUAUAAUCCAUCUUUUCCGGGAAUUCCAAGCUCGUCAUGGCAAUACGGGGGAUCUUACAAUAAGGGACCAAAUAAUCAACAACCUCAAGGACAAGCGAGUGGAAGUCAAACACCUCAAGGACCUCCGCAAGGAGGAUCGGGCUUUCAAUAUCAAAGUUCAGGUUCAUACAAUCCAUCUUUUCCGGGAAUUCCAAGCUCGUCAUGGCAAUACGGGGGAUCUUACAAUAAGGGACCAAAUAAUCAACAAUCUCAAGGACAAUUUAGUGGUAGCCAAUCACCUCAAGGACCUCCGCAAGGAGGAUCGGGCUUUCAAUAUCAAAGUUCAGGUUCUUACAAUCCAUCUUUUCCGGGAAUUCCGAGCUCGUCAUGGCAAUACGGAGGAUCUUACAAUCAAGGUCAGGGAAAUCAAAACCAAGGCGGACAAGCUCAAUAUCCCCCAUCAAGUCAAGGGCAAUCUCCUCAAGGUUUCCAAGGCUCUUAUCAGGGCUCUUAUAAUCCUUCUUUUCCUGGAAUUCCUUCUCAUUCAUAUAACAAUUCAUACAAUUUUGGUCCGGGAGGGUCAAAUUUUCAAGGAUCUUAUAAUAAAAAUGGCAGCAAUUCAGGGUCUUCAUUUUCAUGGCAAUACGGAUCAGCAUCCGGUGGACAAAAUGAAAAUCAAUGGGGAUCAGGAGGUUCACAAAGCUCACAAUGGGGAUCAGGAGGACAAAAUCAAAAUCAAUGGGGAUCAGGAGGUUCACAAAGCUCACAAUGGGGAUCAGGAGGACAAACUGGAAGUCAACAAGGCUCCGGAGGUUCACAAAGCUCACAAUGGGGAUCAGGAGGACAAACUGGAAGUCAACAAGGCUCCGGAGGUUCACAAAGCUCACAAUGGGGAUCAGGAGGACAAAAUGAAAAUCAAUGGGGAUCAGGAGGUUCACAAAGCUCACAAUGGGGAUCAGGAGGACAAACUGGAAGUCAACAAGGCUCCGGAGGUUCACAAAGCUCACAAUGGGGAUCAGGAGGACAAACUGGAAGUCAACAAGGCUCCGGAGGGUCACAAAGUUCACAAUGGGGAUCAGGAGGACAAACUGGAAAUCAACAAGGUUCUGGAGGAUCAGAAAAUAAUCAAUGGGGAUCUGGAGGGCAAACUGGAAGUCAACAAGGUUCUGGAGGAUCAGAGAAUAAUCAAUGGGGCUCAGGCGGUCAAACUGGAAGUCAACAAGCUUCCGGAGGAUCAGAGAAUAAUCAAUGGGGAUCUGGAGGCUCUCAAUCUUCACAAUGGGGCUCUGGUGGAUCACAAAGCUCACAAUGGGGUUCUGGAGGAGGAAAUAAUAAUCAACAAGCAUCAGGUGGGUCUGUAACAUAUCCCCCAAGGCCAGAACAACCAAGUACACAAUAUCCACAGCAACCACAAUAUCCUUCUCAACCUACACAGCAACCUCAAUAUCCUUCUCAACCUACACAGCAACCUCAAUAUCCAUCACAACCAAUACAGCAACCUCAAUAUCCAUCACAGCCCACACAGCAACCUCAAUAUCCAUCUCAGCCCACACAGCAACCUCAAUAUCCAUCACAGCCCACACAGCAACCUCAAUAUCCGUCACAGCAACCUCAAACAAGACCCCCGACACAAAGACCAACACAGCAAACUGUACCAACAAGAAAGCCUCAGCCUGUAACACAAUCCCCUCAAUAUCCAUUAAAUCCUUCACAACAACCAGGUGCACAAUGGCCUCAACCUACUUAUCCAGGACAACCUCAACAACCGAUAAAUCCAGAACAACCAUCAGCUGGUCAUACUCAUGGACCAACAUGUGGAAAUAAUCAUGGUAAUAAUCCUUUAGGACCAGUUCAACCAACUAAUCCAAUAACUGAAGCUCCAGCACCUGUUAAUCCUGAAGGUCCUUAUGUUCCUCCAGCAGGAGGAAAUGUUCCAGAACAACCAUCAAGUGGAAGUCAAACACUGCCCGAAAUUCCUGAACAACCUAAUCAAACACCUGUUACUCAAAGUCCCCCAAUCGAUUACCCAACGCGCCCGACAAAUAUACCUACAUAUCCACAAUCGCCGGGUACUCAUCAAGGCGUUCAACCUCCUACACAGCAACCUGGAAUUCCCCAACAACCUGGAAAUCAAUAUCCGCAAGUCCCUGAACAACCAGGAAGUCAAUAUCCUCAGCAACCUGGAAGUCAAUAUCCUCAACAGCCUUCGAAUCCACAGCAACCAGGAACUGGCGUUCCUGAACAACCUGGAAGUCAAUAUCCUCAACAACCAGGAACGGGCAUUCCUCAGCAACCUGAAAGCCAAUAUCCUCAGCAGCCUUCGAAUCCACAGCAACCAGGAACUGGCGUUCCUGAACAACCUGGAAGUCAAUAUCCUCAACAACCAGGAACGGGCGUUCCUCAGCAACCUGGAAGUCAAUAUCCUCAACAGCCUUCGAAUCCACAGCAACCAGGAACUGGCGUUCCUGAACAACCUGGAAGUCAAUAUCCUCAUCAACCAGGAACUGGCGUUCCUCAGCAACCUGGAAGUCAAUAUCCUCAACAGCCUUCGAGUCCUCAGCAACCUGGAAGUCAGUAUCCUCAACCGCCUUCGAAUCCACAGCAACCAGGAACUGGCGUUCCUCAAAAUCCUGGAAGUCAAUAUCCUCAACAGCCUUCGAAUCCACAGCAACCAGGAACGGGCGUUCCUCAACAACCUGGAUUCCCUGGAUACUAUCCAUUUGCACCAAACUUUGUCCUUAUUGCUGUUCCAAUUUCUGGUCUCCCUGGCGGUUGUCCUUGUUACUAUAUGCAGCAAAACAAUACACAAUCUCAAGGUUCACAACCCGCACAAGCUGUCGCUCAACCAGCUCCUGCACAGCAAGUUCCAUCUACACAACCUCAAUAUUAUCCAGCUUCUAAUGCUUAUCCAACCGUCGUAUUCUAUCCAUCUUGUCCAUUUGCCCAUCAACAAGUUUCCCAAAUGUUUACAGGAGCGACUCAAAUCCCAUACUCAUGUGAUGCUUGUGCUAAAGCUCAAGCAGCACAGCAGCAGCAACAACAACAAGCACAACCACAAAAGAGACGUAUGAAUCGACGACGACGCAUUAGUGCUGGCAGUAACUAG